CUCUUUUUCACUGGCCUCCGUGAGUUAGGACACAAGCAUAACCGGAGUUGGAACGCAAAGAAAAACACUUCGCUUCUCUAGAAAAGAAAAGGUCAUCCGGGUGGCCACAAAUCCAUCUCAUAGCCUGGAGGAAACAUGGAGUUUCUUUACGAUCUUUUAGGGGACAAUGCUUGGUUGUACAUCAGUGCCACCUUCACAGUGCUGUGGAUUGUAGUCUGGCUGUACAGAGACAGCCUGGAGAUCGAAGACUUUGCUGACAAAUAUGUCUUUGUGACCGGCUGCGACUCGGGCUUCGGUAACCUGCUGUGUAGGAAGCUGGACCAAAAAGGUUUCUGCGUGCUGGCCGGUUGCCUCACAGAAAAGGGAGCUGAUGAUCUGAAAAGGAUGACAGGACCGUACUUGAAGACUGUCCUGCUGGAUGUGACCAGUCAGGAGAGCAUUCAGAAAGCCAUGGAGUGGACCAAGAAGGAGGUCGGCGAUAAAGGACUCUGGGGUAUCGUGAACAAUGCCGGCCGCUCGUUACCCAUGGGUCCCACUGAAUGGAUGAAAGUGGAGGACUUCCACGGUACGCUCAAGGUCAACAUGCAUGGCGUAAUCGCUAUGACGUUGACCUUCCUGCCCUUGGUCAAGAAGGCCCGUGGGCGUGUCGUGAACGUGGCGUCGGUCCUGGGCAGGGUGGCGGCUAACGGUGGUGGUUACUGUAUCUCCAAGUUUGCCGUGGAGUCUUUUUCCGACUGCCUCAGGAGAGACAUCAACUACUUUGGCGUGAAGGUGUGCAUCAUCGAACCGGGCUUUUUCAAGACCGCCGUGACUAGUCUGGAGCCUAACGAGAGGGAACUGCAUCGCUUGUGGAAUCAGCUCAGCCCAGAAGUCCAAGCCAGUUAUGGAGACAAGUACCUUGAUAAGUACAUCAAAAUCCAACGAUUCAUCAUGAACGCCAUCUGCGAUGCCGACCUCACCAAGGUGACCAACUGUAUGGAGCACGCCCUGACCUCCAUGUACCCACGCACCCGCUACAGUGCCGGCUGGGACGCCAAGCUCAUCUGGAUCCCGCUCUCGUACAUGCCGUCAUGCGUGGUCGACAUUGGGCUCAGGCUGGUUCUGCCCCGGCCUUCUAAGAGUGUGUGACUUACUCCCCACAAUGGGGGGUGAUGCUGUGAGAUGAUGAUUAGUUGAAGGUACUUAUAUUAAUUACUGAUGUAUUUAUAAGUUGCAGUAUCUCUGUUGUAAAAUGUACAGUCCUGAUCAAAUUAUUUUCUUGAUUUAUUUAGCAAAAAAGGUGCUAUUGAAUUUUCAAUUUGACACUGUUGUGCCUUUUUUUUGCCACUGUAUUUAUGCUUCUCAAUCUUGAG